AUGUACAGCGUUGUGUUGCGGAAGAGUAAGCGAAAGCACUUCGUCUUCAAUCGUAAAUGGUCACGCUUGGACUUCUUCCCCACUGUGGUGGAGAAUGCCUUCCCGCCUCCUCAUCCGCCUCGAGUCUUCCGUUGCUCGGCCCCAGUUGUCACGGCGAAUUUUGAAUUGGCGACUUGUGGAACGAUGAAGGCGUCAACUGUGGAGUUUAUUGGCGUCGCCGUGGUUUCAGUCCUCCUGAAUGCCAUCGUGUCAACUGCUACGUCUUCCACUUCCUUCUCCUCCUCUUCCUCGUCCUCCUUGCCUGAUGGAAGCAACGUCACGAUACGAAUAAUCCCCAGCAUCGUCUCUCUUCCUGCCCCGGUGACCUACUUGGAUGGGAACCAUCCGGACCUCUCGCUCACCUGUGAAGUGUGGCCCCCCACCGCCAACAUCUCGUUCUUCAUCGCCCACCCCUCCAUCAUCGCCACGGCCAGUAGGACUCCCCUCGCUCUGGAUCUCAUCUCUCCCGACGCCACUGGAGCCUUUGGUAUCUCGCGUCGUGUCUCCACACCACCGAAUGCCUCGUUUGAUGGUGGAGUGCUAGCCUUCUCGAAUGCCUCGUACAUCCUGACCGUGGGGGGAGGAGGAGGCGGAGGUAGGAAGUCGGAGGUGUGGCGCCUGGGAGCGGUGGAUGUUCAUUGCAGGGCGACGACGCAGUUUGGCAGCGUGCUGAGUGCCCCGUUUCGAGUGGUGCAGACGACACCGGACAAGCCGGUGAACGUGCGCGUGCUGCUGCCCUUGGCGUCACAGGACAACAGUUCAGCAGCGGCGUCGAGGCUGAUUGUGGUGCGGGAGGGUGACAAUGUCACUCUCUUCUGCAUCAUGGAGGGUGCGCCGCCGCCUGAGGUGCAAACCUAUCCGCACAACACACAGAACGGUCGAUACAUCAUGGAUCAGGACUUUGGUCUUCUUCACCUGGUGAAUGUUCAGCCCUCGGAUGAAGGUGUCUUUCUCUGUUCCACGGCACAUUUGAGUCUUACGGCGACGUUGAAGGUGAAACCUCGUCUUCGGUUGGCCACAUCACCAGUCGACAUUCGCAUUGCCUCUCUUGGCAAACGGGCGGAGUUCCGCUGUUCUACCUCUGAUAACAGCGUUAAACCGUUCUGGCUCUUCAAUGGCAAUCCAAUCUACACACCCGACCCCCAAGUGUUGGUCAUUGGUUCGGUGCAGGAGUCGGAUCUGGGCCUUUACCAGUGCAUAGCUCGAACCCUCACCCCGGAUGGCCGAACCGACGAAUGGGUCUCGGCCACUGCUCCUCUGGCGCUCUACUUUGACAAAGUUGUUACCAAGGCUGCAGACCUGGUGGAAUUCAUUCCAAGCGUUCACAGGACACCGAGCCAUCGGGAAGCCCUUGCGACGACGAAAGAGAUGACGCCACUGGUGGAAAUGGCGCUGGAUAACUUCGCCGUCUACCUGACGUGGAAUGUGAGCGAUGCGACGCUCUAUCCCGGUUUCCGUCACGAUAACAAUCUACCUCUGGUGCCGCCGUCACCCACACAAUUGCAAUCGCAACAAAUCGCCUUCCAGAUUGACUACUCGAGUCUGGUGAGGCAAUCGGUGUUGAAUCCAGCCUUGGUGGGCUUGAUUCCACCAGAACCCGCAGUUUGGUCGAAGACGGAGAGGUUAAACAAAAUGUGGAAGCAUAAAUACGGCUUCGUGAUUGGUGCGCCUCUUGAACCUGGCAACACUUAUCGCUUCCGUGUGAGAGCCGUCUCCAUGGAGACGGGAAUGGACGUGAUUCCGCCCUCGGAUUGGUCUGAUCCCGUUAGCACGCACCACAUCAGCAAAGCGGCGCCACCAAGAAUCACCUCCGUCCAACCCUAUCACGAUGGUCGGUUUAAUGUGACGUGGGAGUUCGACGGCGACGUUGGCAAUCAGUCGACCGAGGAGGAGUCUUUCAUUCCUGACUUCUUUCUCAUUCUUGCACGCCCGGUACUGCACUCUCCGUCUCAGUCGUCGACACCAGGAGUGACUUCAACGAAUGCCGACGCGGAGGAUGUGGAGCAGGGGGCGGGCAGUGAGGUGACAACGAAAAAUGAUUCUGUGGUGCGCUAUGGACGAUAUCGGGCUACUCAAGUCAAUGGGUCAGACGCGAGGGAGGCUUUCAUCUACAACCUCAACGCGUCAAUCAGCUAUCAGCUGGUUGUCUACGGCGUGAAGUAUGAGAAUGGUGCUCGUCGAAUCACCCGAUUUUCGGAGGCCAAAUUUGCUACCCUACCUGAGGUGCCUGGCUUUGGAACAUUCAGUUUUAUUCGCGCGGUGACUGAAAACAAACCGAUUUUCAUCGGAUUGGGUGUUCUGGCGCUCAUUAUCUUCCUCGUCGUGAUGGUGCUUGUUAUCAUGUGCAUUGCUAGGCAACGCAAGUAUCGCCGUAGACGACGCGUAAAGCACAACGGUUUCCUCACUGGUCACAAUAACUCCGAGAAGUACCAAACCCAAUCCCAACAACAUCAGCAGCAUUCGCAACAACUGAAUCACCAGUCCUCCACCGACCUCCGGACCACCUCUCCCUCGGUCAAGGCUGCACAAGCCGCCCAGGUGCAGGCUCAGGGCCAGGCUAUGCUCAUGGGCACCUUGAUGCGGCAGUCCAAUUUCUCCGAGCCACCCGGUCACCCGCAUCAGCAGUUCACCCAACAACAAGCCGCCUACAUGGGCUCCCUUAUGCACCUGGGUUACUACGGCAGUCAUCAUCCACAGCAUCACCACCAAUCACAUCAUUCCCUACUGCUUCCAGCCACGCCUGCACCUGGAAUGAUGGGUAGUCCCAUGUUCCAUAGCGGGACACUGCCGCCGGGAAUGCGGGGUGGUGGGAUGAUGCAUCCGCAGCAGCCACAGUCGCAUCAUCACCUGCAGUCGCCUCCACCUCCACCACCACCAGCACAGUUGGGAGGGUUUGGAAGUCAGCAGGUGUUGAAUCAGAUGGAUGGAAUGGAACAGGCAACGCUCAUGCGGGACUACUAUCAGCAGCAACAACACCAACAGCAGUUCUAUCAGCAGCAUCUGUUGAACCAGCAACAGGGUCAGCAGGCAUCGUUUAUGCAAUACGCACCAAACAGCCCACCCGCCUAUCUGCCACCGCAACAGCAGCAACAACAGAUGAUGGAUAGCCUGUCAUCAAGGCAGCAUAGUCAGAGUUAUGCCUAUGGCGGGAGUAUUCACUCCGGUGCCUCGGUGAAACGCGAUCCCAACGGAUCCAUACAUGAAGACUCAACACUCCUGGCACGAAGUCCGAUGAGUCCACAUCCACCGCCAAUGCUGGGGGACCAGAUUCCACCACCGGGCUACUUCCAGACACCCAUGUAUGCGCAGCAGCAUCCGCUCAUGUCACCGCCUCCACCGCCAAUGCAAAUGUCCGGAGCUGCCUACUACCCGGGACAGCCGCAAGCUGAUCCUGCCCAGAUGGCUCUUCACAAUAUGGGCCACCACACGGACGGUGAGUCAAUUUACUCCUACUUCUCGCAACAGGAUGUCUGCCAUCCCCAGCCACAUGCCCUUCUGAAUCCCCUACCGGAGGAGAAUCAGAUGAAUCUCGGUUACGCCGAGUCGGGAAGCCAAACGGCUGGACUGAACGGAACCAGCGGGACAGCAAGUCCCCCCGCAGUUGGUGGUGGCACGGCAGGCGGACACAGGCACCACCGUAGACGUCGCAGAAAGCAGCAGCAACAGCAGUCUCAAUCCUCGGUGCAACAAUUUAGCGGUGGUGGAGAGGGUGACGGAUUCCAGUUUCCGGGUCACACUAGCGAGCAGAUCGCCAUGAUGACAAUGAUGGAGGCUCAGGGUCGCGUGGCACCGAACGGAAUGAAUGGAACGACGCCACCGUCUGCAGCGGGUCUUGAACAGUCAGGUGGCAAUGAAGCUGUGAAUCAGAUGGAAAAUCCACGUUCUGGAAAUCAGUCGUUUGAUCGGAGCACACCGUCCUAUGGAGCCUCGCCUGGAGUAGGUGUUCGUUCGUCUCUCCCACCGCCCAGUCAGCCGCCACCUCCACCACCCGCCGCAAUGAUGAUGCUACCCAUGCAAAUGACCUCACCCGGUGGCCUUGACAGUGCCGGUGUGGCUAUCGGCAACCCGAAUGCGGCCAGCAGUAGCAGUCUGAACCGUCGCGGUGGUGUUAGUGGAGUGCUAAGUGGCGCUCCGCCCCGAAUUCGUGACUACUCGGAGUAUGGAAUUCCCACCUCAACACCCAACGCGGGCGGAAUUGGUAGCCCACCUCACCCACAAGGCGUGGUUGCUAUGCCCACACCAACGCCGCCUUCAGCAUCCGGUGGUGGUGGUGGGAAGCAGAUUCCAGCUUCCCAGACAACGGGAUUCAACAACAACAACAACGGCAACAAGUCUACUUCCAGCGGUGGUGGCGGGAGCAUGAGAUAUAGGGAGGGCCAGGCAGGCGCAUCGAAGAGAGAUCGUCAAGUUGGCAAGUGGGAACCAAUCGCAUUCCGUGGUGCCGCCUGCUCCACACCACCACUCCAACGUGCACACCUGCCGCGUGCCAGCCUGAAUGGCGGUGAGUUGAGGAGAGGCGGAGUGGCAUUUAUAGUCCUCGCCUUGCUUCACUGCCACACACUUCGUGGUCUCUUCAACUCAGUCGUGGUGAGGGCCAACUCGCGUCGACGCCUUCUUUACCUCUUUGUCCUCAGCAGUGUCUGCGGGAGUAUGUCGUGUAGCCUGCACCUCCUAAUCAAAAUCCCCAGCUACAUCCUCUCUGUGACCUUCCUUGCCAUAGCAUUGCUUGGCAUUGCUCUGGAGGGCUUCAAUUCAGUGGAAGGAGCGGUGAUAGCGAAGAUGCUGGCGGACUUUAAUAUGAAUAGCUAUGAUUUAGGCUUUCUUACCCGCGUGGCCUCCCCAAAUGAUCACACCGGUGCUGCUCUCAUCGUGGUCGGCCUAUUAAUGACACUCGUCUCCUUUAUUGGAUUCUAUUCUUACUACUUUGAGGCGAAGGUGCCACUGUACAUAUAUACCACUGCUCUGAAUGUCCUACUCUUCUCGGAAGCCGUCGUUAUUGCAGUAUAUAUGGCCAAUCCGGAUAAGCUCGUCACUUCGUUUUGGGGUACUUUGGAAGCAAUUCUUAGGAAAUACAAUCAUCCGGGUGAAGAUGGCCCAAGUUUAAAGAGUUGCUGGGAUACAAUCAUGCAGGCAGAUGUGAAAUGCAACGGUCACUUUUACGGUCCAUGCUGUGGCAUGAACAAUUACACCGAUUUCGGUGAGUUACGAACCCGUCCUCUCUACUCGCCUUUGCGCCGGGGAAGAGUUGGGGCGGAAAUGAUGGCGAAGCUUUUGUCCGCCUUUCAGUGCGCUGUCGCCCUGUUGCCGAUCACCUACGUCUUCCUCGUGAGACCGCACCAAGAGGACGAGGAGGACAGCGGCAAGUUUCGGCGAAAAGCUAGUCGUACUACUGUGGAUGAAAACCUUCCUCCAGAGCCCACUUCUUUACAACCUCUUCGGAGAUCAAAGCGACUUUGCGUGCGCCUUUUACGUGAAAAUGGUUUCUCUGGUGACUCGAUGAAGGCUUCAUCAACGGAAGUCGUUUCGAGCGAAUUGGAGUCUGACACGGAUUUUUGUAGCCCAAAUCGACUCUGUUCUAAUUCCAAUUCAGAUGCUGUCGUUACAGCGCCAGAAGAUCCUAUUCAGAAGAGGAAAAAGACAAGGAUUCGCAGAAAAUCUCAAAAUUUGGAUGACAAAGGAGAUAUUCGUCGCUCCAGGAAGCUGUGUCGGAAGUCCUCUGUCAUGAAACCUUCCACUGAAGGUGAUCCUAAACUAAUAAAACGGAUGCGGGACGUCCUCGGCCUGGCCGAAGUCGAUGGAAAUUCUCGUCUAGAGUCCAUGGAGGUGGAUGGUGGGAAUGAGUUCCCCACAAUGAAAGAGUUGAGGGAGGCAAUUAUUGAAAUAUUUGUCUCUCGCCAACACGAAUCACCUGGAGGCGCGCAAACUCUUCCUGGGAAAAAAUAUGCUUGGCUGUUUGAAAAAUUCACCCCACCGCCAAUCCGCGGUCUGGAAACCAUCUCCGAGGCUCGUCUAUCUCCCCGUCAAUGUCGUUGUCGUCAGCGACGAUUCUUGGCUCCUCCCACACCAAGAACAAUGGCUACCCGCAAGCGACCCCUUCAUGAGGAGUCAAAUAGGAAUGAACCAACAGAAGAUCGAAGUCAGGAUGCCUUCUGGUCUAAAAGAGCGCUUCCACGACGACUAUCAUUCGGUGACUGGGAUGAGAGUGCUUGUUAUUCAGAGGAUAAUGUAGAUGAAGAUCUCCGGAAGUUCCACGAGGCUGCUGCGAAGCAGAAGGCGCGGAGGCGGGAGGCGAUGCUGCGGCAGAUGAAUAGACGACCCGGGGAGUUGUUGCGAAUCUCUGAUCAGACCGAGCGGAAGUUUGCGGCCUUUUGGAAGGAUAUGGAGAGUGAAGAAGGAGGUGAGGAGUAG